AUGCAGGGUUACACUUUUACGCCUCCGUCGGGGCCUCCUCGAGAAGGCCAAAAAAGUCCGUCAUACCCCAGAAAGCUGAUUUGUUUACUUCGUGUCAUUCCAAAUUAUGUGUUCGUGGACGAACAUAACCGGCAUAAGAGAUUGAAAGGUACGCGAAAGAAACUCCGAAUCCCAUGUGUCAGAUGCUGA